AUGGAUUCUUUGGAGAUACCUGUCAUGAAGGAUGCUCUUCUUGCCUCUAUUGCCUCAUUCCAUACAAAGAAGAUCAUCAUAUCCGAUCCACGUAAGUUUCAUCACUAUGGAUUGAUUCCGGAAUCCAUGUACAGGUGUGUUUCGGCACAAAGCAAUGUGAUGGCCGAUUACCGUAAACUCUCUCCUGUUGGUCCAAGGGUUCUGUCUGAAGAACAACAAGCCGCACUGGAUGCCUUGGAUCAGCCUGCUAACAGAGGCAAACGAGUAAUAAAGAAAGAGAAAGAAGAAACUAAGGAGGGUAAGCCAAAAUCUUCAAAGCGAAAAUCUGGUGAAGGGGAUUCUUCUCAAUCAAAACCGAAGAAGAUAAAGAAGAUGGCUAAUAGACCCAAGGGGAACUUUUCUCCUGGAUCUGAUACGGUUGAAGAUCAAGAUGCAGAAGCGGAGAAUCCUCAGGUUUCAACCAGAGAGCCCACACCUCGAAGAUCUCCAACCCCACCUCCAUCUCCUAAAAGUACCAAAAUUCCAACUCCACCAGCCUCUCCCAAAACUACUAAAAUUCCAACUCCUCCCCCAUCUCCUAAACUCACUAAAAUUUCCACUCCACCUCCAUCACCAAAACAGAAAGCUCCACUUUUUGCUCCCACCGAUAUACCACCCAUUCUUACUGAACCAACUUCUCUACCCCCUUCAACCAUCAUUACCUUUGUUCCUGUCUCAACUAUACCUAUCUCAACUCCUCUUAUAACCGAAUCCAUCACUACCACCAUUCCCAAAAUCCCAGUGGAAGUCAAUGUAUUUGAUACAGGGGCUACUACUGUGAUUGAUACUCCUGUUAUCAACAUAACACCAUCCCCAACCCCAUCCUCUACCUCUGGUGCUACUCUUGGUGGAGAUGAUGAGGAUUAUGACUCGUUGUAUUACAGUCCUUAUAGAAUUCCAACAGAUAAUGAUCCUGAUGCUCCUGUCACCAGUCAACAUAUACAAGACAUCAAUGAAAAGUUGGAUCGACUGCUUGCUGAUAGCAAAGCUUAUGGCAGUGUUGUUUUAAAAGCCUUCUUGGAGACUGCCAUUAAGCAAUACACCGAUGCUAUUGAUAAAUCCACAAAAGCAGUUGAUAAGUCAGCCACUUCUUGUUCAAAGGCCACAAAGGAGGUUACUGAGGUUGUUCACACAACUCAGAUUUUCCUUGAUUCUCUGAAAGCUCAUACUGACACAAAUGCGGCCAAAUAUCAAGCUUCGGUGGACUCCUUCUCUAAAACUCUUCAGGAUGAAACCACAAAAUUUGAAGCCCUUCAAAGUACGUUGAAGGAGGACCUGAUAAAACACCAAGCUACAAUUGAUCUCCAAAAAGUUCAACUGGUCCAGGCAGAAAAAGAGAUCUCUCUGUUAAAGACUCAAAGGGCAGUUUAUCAAAGUUGUGCUGGUGAUGUGAAAAAUAUCUUGACUAGUCUUCUUGAAGCUCAUGAUCCCUUCUUGACCUUAACCAUCCGGAAGCAUCUCCAGUCCAAACUCCUUCCUGCAAUUACAAUUCUCAGUGAGAUGAAGGGUGUCUCGGAGAAGGUCUUUCUUCCGAAACAAGGGGGAGAAGAGAGUGCAGAUCUGAAAGGCAAAACAGAACUAAAGGAUAAUUUAGCUUCGGUUUCUGGAAAGAAAGUUCAAGCCGAUAGUGAUAGUGAUACUGAAGAGACUAUCGCUGAAGCCCUUAAAAGAAAGAAGAGGGACAAAGAGCUUGAUGAAACGAUCAAGGUGGCACAAGAGGUAAAGAAUAAGGAAGAGGAGGAUGUCUUGCAAUGCAAGAAGACUCUGUUUCCAGAAUGGGACAGAGAUACACUCAUCAAUCAGGAGAUUGAGUUUCCUUCUAUGUACUGGUUGGAACCAAUUGCUUCGUUUGAAUGUGACAAUUCAAAGGACUCGCAGUUCGACAUGCCAAUCACAAGAAAAGCAUUUACCUUUCAUUGUUUCGAUGUCACUGCUGAGGUUCCUCAUCCGAAUCUGAAAGGUUGA